AUGAAACGAACAGAACAUAGCUGGAUGUAUGAAAGGAAGGUUAAGCAAACUAUUAAUCCAGAGUUCGUGAAAGGGGUUGAUGAAUUCAUUCAAUACGUCAAAGAUAAUCUCGAGAGUAGUAACCCGAAUGAAGUUAGGUGUCCAUGUGCUAAAUGUAAGAACAAACGGCUUUGGGAUCCAGAAACGGUUAAAAUUCAUUUGUUUCGCAUGGGUUUUAUACCUAAUUACUAUGAGUGGAUGUGUCACGGGGAAGGGUUUCCGAUAGUUCCUGAACGACGGUCCAAUGAAUAUCGUGAAAUGGUUUUUGAUGCUUUUGGUCAUAGUCAGGAUCAAGGGAAUUUCGAGCAGGCUUGUGUUUCAUUAGAGGAGGAGCCUAAUGCACAAGCUAAGCAUUUUUUGCAUUUUUUGAAGGCUUCUGAAAGGCCAUUAUACGAAGGGAGUUCGUUUUCUGUGUUAGAAAUGACCGCUAGAAUCACUAGUCUAAAGUACGAGUAUAAUCUUCCCCACAGAUGUGUUAAUGGGUUUGUUUCUUUGCUCAGUGAAGCAAUUCCUGACAACAACCAUAUGGCCGACACAUUCUAUGAGGUGAAGAAGAUUGUGAAGGGCUUGGAACUACCUCAUGAAAGGAUUCACGUUUUCCCGAAAGGAUGUAUGCUGUUUUGGAAGGAUGAUGCUCAGCUGUCUACAUGUAGGGCGUGUGGCAGUGACCGAUACAAGCAGAAUUCCAAGGGUAGCCUAGUGCUUUUGAACGUUUUGUUUUAUUUCCCGAUCACACCCAGGUUGCAAAGACUCUUUACAACCAAGAACAUUUCGGAGGAAAUGACAUGGCAUUCGAAAAAUCCUCGAGUUCAAGGCACAAUGGCACACCCUAGUGAUAGUGAAGCUUGGAAACACCUCGAUAGUUGCUUUCCAGAGUUUACUUCCGAGCCUCGUAAUGUUCGGCUUGGCUUGUAUACAGAUGGUUUUGCUCUUCAUGAUCACCCUUUUCGGAAUAGUAGAACUGCAUUCUGCAAAAACAAAGUCAAAAAGGGUGCACCUCUACACAUUAUGUCAGGAGAGGAGCUUUGGGAAUGUGUGAAAGACCUUCCGAAGGCUACAAAUGGGCCCAAGUCAUUUCAACGCCUCAAAAAAGAAAAGAAUGGGUGGUUCAAGCAAAGCAUACUGUUGGAGCUUCCAUAUUGGAAGCAUCUGCUUAUUCGUCACAACUUAGAUGUCAUGCUCAUUGAAAAGAACUUCUUUGAUAAGUUAAUUCACACUGUAAUGGAUGUGAAAAAGCAUAUGUGUGACACGCCAUCCGCUCGAAAUGACAUUGCCAAAUAUUGUAAACGUCCGCAGCUUCAUCUUCAGGAGGAUGAUAGAGAAAAAGAGUUCAUGCCAAGGGCUCCAUUCGCUCUUGACAAGGCUCAGAGAAAAGUUUUGUGUGAGUGGGUUAAAUAG